GGAGGGCGGGAACUCGGCGGCGGAAGUUCCGGGACGGUGGUCGCAGCCUCAGUUCGGCGCUGCCAUGAGGGCCGCGACCCCGCGGAGGGGCGGCCGGGGCGGAGGAGGGGUGACCGAGACCCCGGUAUCGCGCUCUCUCAGCGGCUCGGUCACCCCGACGUUGGCUGAGUGUCCUGGUAACGACGAUGAGAGGGAAAGGCGGCAGCGCCGGCGCUCGCGGGCGGUGGACCUGCAGCUCGGCGGCACCGAGUCGCCGCUCGGCCUCUGCUCUCCGGUGCCCAGGCAGGUGGACGCGUCGCUGUCGGCCGUGUCGGGAUGGACGAACGCGCAGAUCUCGGAUCAUUACUCAGCCUGCAUCAAGCUGUCCGCUGAGAACAAAAUCAACACCAAGAAUGUUUUUGGCUUGCAUCUGAUAGACUACAUGACAGAGAUACUGAAACAGAAGGACUCUGAGCUGACCAACUUCAAGGUGGCAGCUGGCACCAUUGAUGCCAGCGUGAAGAUUUAUGCCGUGCGUGUGGAUGCAGUCCACGCAGACACAUACAAAGUUCUUGGAGGCUUAGGCAAAGAGUCAGCACCUACGAAAGACGUGGGCAGCCCACAGGAAGAAGAAGACAGUGCAGCUUCUGGUUCUGCCAAGAGAGUUCAAACAAAGAAAAAGCACUCAUUCAAAACGAUUGAACAGAACUUGAACAACAUCAACGUGACGGAGGCCAAUCGGAGAUGUGAGGUUGACCCCAUGUUCCAGAAAACAGCGGCAUCUUUUGAUGAAUGCAGCACAGCUGGCAUCUUCCUCACCAGCCUGCGUACCCAGAGUUGCCACAGUGAGCUCCUUUUUGACUCGAAGAUCGUGCCUCUCCCAUCUUCAGAGACCCUCGUUCUGCCCAGCAGUGAUCCUGUGAAAGUGACAGAUUUGAAGUUGCUGCUGGAGAAAUGUGUUUUAAAACGCCCCAUCUAUUCUUCACUGGCUAAUUUCCAGUUCACACAGUGGGAUGCUGAAUCCCAUGAAGAGUCAGUAUCAGCCCUGCUGGAUAAAUUUAAGAAGAGCGACCAAGUGUUCGAUAUCAAUGCAGAGAGAGACAGUGAUGGGGAAGAUGGUGUUCCUGCCCUGCCAGAUGACGACUUCAUCACAGACUCCCCCAGGAGUAUAGUGACAGAAAAGAUUGGGGAAUUCACAGAAAAUAAAUCCCUCACAGAAGUCUGUGAGAGCAAGAGAAUUGAUGCAGUUCCUUUCGGAGAAGGAGACAUCGGGACCAUGUGCCUUCAUCUCUCCAUGAAACCAGGGGAAUACUCCUACUUCAGCCCCCGAACUCUGUCAAUGUGGGCUGGCCCAGAGCACUGGCGUUUCAAACCUCGACACAAAUCAAGUGCUGACUGUGAAAAAGAGAAGAAGAAGAAGAAUGCAAAGAAAGCAUUUGAAGUGAACUUUGAUGAGGAUGUUGACUUUGAGACAUAUUUCCGUAAGACCAAGGCUGCUUUAACUCUGAGCAAAUCCAUUCUGGAUAACCAGAACGUGAAGAGCACCACCCUUCCUGCAGACUUCAACUACAACCCUAACAACAUUGUCCAGCUGUUCCUCAAACCAGCUGUUAAGCUCUUCAGGCUGCCUGAGCCAGGCAGCUCAUUGGAUCACGAAGAUGAGAUCGGCGAAUAUGAUUACAAUAACCCCAAUGACACCUCUAAUUUCUGCCCUGCAGCGCAGGCUGCGGAUAGUGAUGAUGACAACGACCCCAUUCAAUUCAUGGGCCAAACAGAGUUCAACCUUACCACUCACCCUGAGGGUCAAGAUCACGAGCUCAAUGGGGUUGAUGGUGUCGAUAUCACGAUGUAUGGGGAGCUGAACCUCGUGGCUGAGCCUCAGAAGGUCAAUAAGAUAGCAAUUCAGUAUGCAAAAACAGCCAAGAAAAUGGACAUGAAGAGGCUGAAGCAGAACAUGUGGGACCUUCUUAUUGAUAUACAGGAAAACACAGCAGCAGAGAAUGAAGAUGUGGAGAAACAGAGCGACACGUCAGUGGUGGCAGGGGAGAAGGCCUUCAGCAGCAUCACAAAGGAACUGCUUCACAGGUUGCCUUCUGUGAUGGCUAAAAAUCUGUCUGUCCCCUUGGCCUUUGCCUGCCUCUUGCACUUAGCAAAUGAGAAGAACCUGAAACUGAACGGCACAGAGGACCUGUCUGAUGUCAUCGUGAAACAAGGCGACUGAGCCUGGUGUAGAGCAGAUCACCAAGGCUGACCCCCAGGAUGGAGCUCUGCUCCCCAGCUGGACAGCGCUUGCUCUGCAUCAGGGGCGGGUUUUCCUCCUGAAAGACAACGACUUCUCUGUGGAGAGGUCCCACUGAUCUCUGCACCUCAGGAGAACUCCUCAGUUGCGGACAUGAUCCUACCUCCCUGAACACAGAGGCCGUGUAGAUGGACAGCUGCUGAGCCUGCCAUCUUUGAACCAUUCGCUCUUUCCUGGGCUCAGGAGCAGACUGCUGCAGUUUCUCUGUGAACCAUUGGUGCCUGGGAGCAGAAGGCUGUUCCCUAUGUCAUUCAUUGUCAUAAUUCCCAGUACACUGAGUGACUUAUUGACAUUGCCAUUCGUGUAGUCCUGUUCCUUUGGUAUUUCCCUGAAAUUUGAUACUGAGCUUACCAAUAAUAAAUUCCUACUGCCUUCUUA